AUGGAGAAAAUCAUCUACGACUUCUACUCUGAUCUCUUCGACAGCCGUGUCCACUUGCACCAUCUGAGGAAAGAUGGACAAGUCAAUCCAGAGGUUCUCCCGUCCGAAAUACAACAUGCCACCAUGUCGGUAAAAAAUCGUGCGGCACCCGGUCCCGACAGAAUAAGACCAGAACACCCGAAGAGCCUUCCGUUAGUACUCAUCAACACCCUGGCGAGGCUCUUCACACGUUAUCUUUCGGAAUGCAAGGUUCCUAAACAGUGCAAGAGCAGCAAGACCGUGUUGUUGUAUAAAAAGGGAGAUCCACAUGACAUCGGCAACUAUCGUCCAAUCUGCCUACUGUCCGUCAUCUAUAAGCUCUUUACAAGAGUGAACCUUAAUAGGAUUGAAAAAGUCCUGGAUGAAGGACAGCCACGCGAGCAAGCAGGGUUUCGAAAAGGAUUCAGCACGAUUGACCGCAUUCACAGUGUUUCGAAACUCAUCGAGGUAUCACGAGAGUACAAGAUGCCGCUCUGUCUCACUUUCAUCGACUUGAAGAAGGCCUUCGACUCAGUUGAAACGGAAGCGAUCAUGGAAGAAUUGGACAACCAAGGCGUUCCUACUCAGUACAUAAAGCCACCCUCGAGAACGCAAUGCGAAAGUUGGGAAUGGGACGACAUGGGAGUGAAGGUUGAUGGUCGGCAGCUACACCAUUUGCGCUUUGCUGAUGACAUCGUACUGAUAACACCUAGCAUCAGCCAAGCGGAACGAAUGCUGACCGAAUUCGACGAAACAUGUGGAUGCAUCGGUCGUCAGCUGAAUCUGCAAAACACGAUGUUCAUGCGGAUACCCCAUUCACGCUCAACGGAACGAACAUAUCUGAAUGCACCAGCUACGUUUAUCUGGGUCGGGAACUAA